AUGACUAGAGACAUCUUGAAGUUGAAGAUGGUUCAGGAGCAUGGACGAGUGGCUUUCGGCCAACUGAUCCAUCGAGGAUUGAGACAAGUGGCUGGACUUAAUGAUGUAGUGGUGGUGAGUGCAGUCAGGACACCGAUGGGGUCAUUUAGAAGCUCACUCAGUGCUGUACAGGCACCACAGCUGGGAACCAUUGCUAUCAAGAAUGCUGUGGAAAGGGCAGGUAUUCCACCAGAACUAGUGCAAGAGGUGUACAUGGGGUGUGUAGUACAGGCUGCUCAGGGCCAGGCUCCUGCUAGACAGGCGACGCUAGGAGCGGGGCUUGCCAUCACAACGCCGACGACGACCGUGAACAAAGUCUGCGCCUCGGGAAUGAAGUCCAUCAUGUUGGCGUCGCAGAGUCUGAUGUGUGGCCACCAGGAGGUCAUGGUGGCUGGAGGCAUGGAGAGUAUGUCCAAUGCACCGUAUUACAUGAUGAGGGGUGAUUCACUCAUUAUGGAGGGGUCAUGCUACAUGACUCCAUCACGCAUGAUGGCUGUGGAUGUAUACAACAAGAUACACAUGGGCGUCUGUGGAGAAACCACGGCUGAGAAAUUCAACAUCUCUAGAGAGGAUCAGGACGUGUUUGCUAUCAACAGCUACAAGAAGUCUGCAGCGGCGUGGAAGGCAGGCACAUUUAAGGAUGAGGUGGUUCCUGUUAUCAUCCCGCAAAAGAAAGGCAAACCUGAUGUAGUUGUGUCAGAGGAUGAAGAGUUUAAGAAGGUGAACUUCGAAAAGUUCAGGUCUCUCAAGCCAGUGUUCAAGAAGGAAGGCGGCACGGUGACGGCAGCGAAUGCCAGCACACUGAAUGAUGGUGCAGCAGCUGUUGUUCUCAUGACCGCUCACAAGGCAAAUGCUCUGAAGCUGAAGCCGCUAGCCAGGAUCGUGGGUUUCGCCGACGCCGCCGUCGCGCCGAUCGACUUUCCGAUCGCUCCGGCGAGCGCCAUCCCGAAGGUGCUCGAGUCGUGCGGCGUCAGCAAGGAUGACGUCGACAUGUGGGAGAUCAACGAGGCGUUCAGCUGCGUCGUUCUCGCCAACAUCGAGAUGCUGGACCUCGACCCGACGAAGGUCAACGUCAACGGUGGUGCCGUCAGUCUCGGACAUCCCAUCGGGAUGUCAGGAGCACGCCUGGUGGCGCACAUGGCGCAUCAGCUCAAAGCGGGUCAGAAAGGAAUGGCAGGGAUCUGCAAUGGAGGUGGUGGAGCCAGUGCUAUCCUGUUGGAGGGACUCUAGGUGUGUGCUCAUAAUCUGGCUACCCUCUUUACACAGGUCAGCACUGCAAUCAAAUCUCCUACAAGAGGAAUGCCUGAGUAGCACCAGGUAAUAGAUUAUAUGGAUAGAUGGAUGGAUAGAUUGAUAGAUCUGUUGUAGUGUGACACCUUUAUGGGUUGUUAACAAAGGUUGCCAGAUCUUUCCCUUACUUAUUACCUUGUCAUUUUGGAUAAUUCUCAAGUGCCAGACCUACCUACUCGAGCAAAUCGUGCGAAAUUGAAAAGGAAACCAUGAUGUGAAUCGAUUUUUGGAGACGGACAGAGCAAGUUAAGUACAGUUUAUUGAUGAUGGCUUCAAUUCGUUGCAAACAGUGUAGUCCUGAUAAAAAGUAUGGAUGCAGUGCCAUGGGCCUUUCUUAUCAUAAUCCAAGUCAUGCCUGUCAACAGAGCACAGGGGUUGUACUGGGUUCAAUUUGAUAUCACGAGGGCCAAAUUUUCUAUCUUUGUAUUCAGGAGUAAAUGAAAACAAAUCAAAGUUAAAAACAAACAUUUUUGUUUUUCGUUUUUAUUCACUCCUGCUGUGAUACGUGAACGCGGAUCAAAGUGUGCAGACGUGAUGCGUAAGCAGUAUUUGUAGCACAUGAUAUACGCAGUACACUUAGCGUGUGGGAGCAUGAAGUCGGCCUAGUAUAGCUCCCUCCAUUUACGGAUAGAGGAAACUAGACCUUGAUUUGUCAGGAAUAAUUAAUUGCCUAGUUGGCUCAGUGUGACUGUGGUAUGGACUGUCAACUUACUAUGUCAGUCAUAUCUUGUGGAUUCAAUAUAUCCUUUGUCACUCCUAUGAAUUUACUUGCAUGGUAGAACCCGGUGGUAUAUGUGAUGCACUCUAUUGUUUAGUGUAUAUAAAAAGCAAUUUGUUAUAAAAACAGGUAUAUACUUAUUAAUGGUGAACUUGUUACAAAUAAAGUAGUGAAGUAUUCAGCAUUUCAUUUUUUCGUU